AUGGCUGAGUUCACAACAUUUUGUUAUGAUACUUCAGGUGUCACCAUAGAGACUUCACUGAAUGACAUCUCAUCUCCAGCUGGGUUAUUCCCCUCUACAUCCACACUGCCAGAUGUCAUCUUCUACUACAGGUCCACAGACAAAACCCAGGCGUGUAAACAGGGCAGAGCUGCCACAGUCCGGAUGAGAUGUAACCCCGCAGUGAGCGCCAAAGACCAGAUCACCACACCAAGUAACUGUUCUGAGGGCACAUGUGAUGGGUGUACCUUCCACUUCCUAUGGGAAAGUCAGAACGCAUGCCCACUCUGCACCAAGAACCACUAUAGAGAGAUAGUCAGCGCUUGUGUACAAGGAAUACAGAAAACCACAUUCGUAUGGCAGCAGCCUCUUCAGUGCAUUGGUGGUGAAGCUCUCCCAGAGCAGCUGAUCUCUGCCUGUGUCAGUCUGGACUUUUGGCUGAAGUUUGGUGUCACAACAGGAACAUUAUCUGCUCUUCUUCUUAUCUGCAUCAGCUGCUAUUUCUGGAAAAGGACUCGCAAGCUUGAAUACAAAUACUCCAAACUGAUGAUGAGCUCUGGAGACAAAGAGUGUGAACUGCCCGCUGCGGACAGCUGUGCCAUUAUGGAGGGAGAGGAUGCAGAGGAUGACUACAUUGACCUCACCAAGAAAUCCCUCUUCACCAAAAUCAAGUCCUUCAGAUCUGAGAGGACUGUGGAUGGGUUUGACUCAGUUCCACUGAAAUCUUCUUCGCUUUUGCAACAAGAGGAGGACUCCGAUGACGACUAACUAGAGGGUUUUAUAUGGAAAACAUGUUACAUUGUGGUGGACACAAGGGUCCGCAAUAUCAUUGUACAUCUUGAAUGCAUUUUGUUGUUAGUUAACGAGAUUGCCAACACCAGUUGCACUAGUUUAUGUAUGAGUCAUGACAAACUGAGACCAAUCAGACCCACUUGGACUUACUUGGUAAAUGUGCUAAUAAAAGGUCAUGUUUGCAUUUUAUUUAUUAAUAAAUGAUAAUGGUAUUAAGAUUAUAUAUGCCUAGUGUUACAGAGAAAAUAGGAUACUCUAGAAUGUGACUUUUAAAACUAAAAAGAGAUGUUACGUUUUUUUGUGUGGACUGUAACCAUUGACUGUUAAGUUAUACAACAUGUAACACUGUAAUGCUGUAUAACUUUUUAACUUAAAUUUCUGUCAAAUAUCUCAUUAUUAAAUCCUUCAGAA